CAGCGGUGUAAUUAAUUAAUUAAAAUUAAUGCUAAAAACCCACGAUUCUCUCUAUAUAAAUAAAUAAUCAAAAGCACAACAUGACAGUCUUUACCCCUCUCUUCCACCUCUCAAUUAAUCCUUUCAUUCUGGGAUUUCUACACACAUUCACAAGCUCUAAAAUUUGUUCAUGAUAACAAGAAGGUAGUAUAGAUGGAUCAGCGAAACCAAAGUUACAUGCUUCAUGAUCCAUGUGUUGUUAUGGGGUGUGAACCAAACUUCCCACAGCCUAUGCAAACUAUGGUAAGAGCUUCAGGGGACAUAUCUAGUCAUAACGGUCAGUCUCAUCAGUGCUAUGAUGGCACUAUGUUCUAUGGAGUGCAACAGUACACUGGAGUUCAUCAUCUUCAUGCUGCAAAUAUUGAUCUUGUUGCUUCUACUGCAUCCAACUUAUAUGUUCCUUAUAUGUCAAAUCCAUCAUCUGGCAUGCAAAUAAAUCAUGGGUCCUCAGAUCAUUUGCCAUCUCCAAGCAAUUUUGGAGUCAUUGGAGUUUCUGCAGAUGAAUAUGGAAGGAACAGCCACUAUAUGGAUCAUUUCACAGGUUUCUACAAGAGAAAGAACACUGAAGUUAUUCCUGGGAGUUUCCAGUAUUUUAAUACCCCAGCUAGCUCUAGUUUGUCAGUUGCCCCUUUGAAUACUAGGCAUCCUGAUGGAGUAGCUCCUGUGGAUGCUGCAUCUUUCCCUGUGCCUCAGUUCAGAGGGAUUGGCAAUCCAAUGGUCAGGGAUUUAGAAUCUCAAAGAAGUGUGAGAAACAGAUUAGGUUCUGCUGCCGUGGAUCCUGUUCUAGCACAUAGCCAUAAUCACUUUUUCCAAGGAAACUUUAUUGGUCACCCUUUUCAACCCAAUGGCUCUCUCUGGUUGGACCAACACAAUGAUGUUGGUGCUUCAGCCUGGACUCAGGCUCCCAAUGUACCUUACAUGCAUGGUGGCAAUAUCAGCAGUGCCACUAUGCGAUCUCAGAGCAUGGUUUUACAACGAUUUCCUGAGACAGCUAGCGGUAGAGGUACCUUGACUUCACCGCAUCCUCCUCCUAUCAAUGUUGGGCAUCAAGGUUUUCAUAACCUAUCGCCACCUAUUCAAGGAGCUAGAAGCCACAAUAUAAAUGUCCACCCUCAAGUAGCGUCAGCUUCAUAUAGAGGUCCAUCAAGUUAUGUUGCACACAACUCUAUGAAUGUUUCACAGGAUGGUUUGGAGAUGAUGCCGAGGCAUAUUGGACCUGCUCCACUAACUGGCUUUGGGAUUUACUGGUCUCAACAAGAAGGACCCAUGGCUGAGGCAAAUUUAAGACAACACAACCUUCCUUACCUCAGAGUUUUGCCAUCUGAUGGAGUUGCUAUGCUGGAGAUGCCAGAUUUUUAUGAAGUAGGGAAUCUUAUUGACCAUCACAGAGAUAUGCGCUUGGAUAUAGAAGACAUGUCUUAUGAAGAGCUUCUUGAAGUGGGGGAGCAGAUUGGCAAUGUAAAUACCGGGUUGUCGGAGGAAGCUAUCACAAGUCAAUUAAGGACAAGAACUUAUAUAUCAGCUACAGCUGAUGCGAAUCUGGAAGAGUCAGCAUCUAUGGAUCAGGAACCUGAUUCUUGCAUCAUAUGCCAGGAAGAUUAUAGGAACCAUGAGAAGAUUGGAACUCUUUGUUGUGGACAUGAGUACCAUGAAGAAUGCUUGAAGAAGUGGCUGUUUGUGAAGAAUGUCUGCCCCAUCUGUAAAUCUGAGGCAUUGGCCCCAAAAACAAAGGAUGCAUAAAACUUAUUUAUCAUAACAAAGUGUGCCUUGUUAGGUCAUUUGUACAUGUUCUUGCAUAUAUCUAGCCAAGUCAUAAUAACUUUAAUCCUUUUUUUUUUUUGGUCCUGUGUUUAUCAAAAACUGUAUAUACUUUGUUGAUAUGAAUUUGCCCUAACUUUACUCUGUA